AUGAGGCCGGCAGCCUUGGGCUCCCGGGGCCGCGCAUCCCUAGAAGAUGAGGGGCCCGUCACGGUGAAGCUAGAGGACUCUGAGGGGGAGGGUGAAGCCGUCGCCUGGGAUCCGGGCCCAGAGGCGGCACGGCAGCGCUUCCGGCGCUUCCGCUAUGAGGAGGUUGCAGGGCCCGGCGAGGCGCUGGCCCGGCUCCGUGAACUCUGCCGCCAGUGGCUGCGGCCCGAGGCGCACUCCAAGGAGCAGAUGCUGGAGCUGCUCGUGCUGGAGCAGUUCCUGGGCGCACUACCCACCGAGAUCCAGGCCCGCGUGCGAGGACAACAGCCAGGCAGCCCUGAGGAGGCCGCGGCCCUGGUCGAGGGCCUCUGCCGGGAGCCAGGAGGGCCCCGCAGAUGGGUCACGGUCCAGGUGCAAGGUCAGGAGAUGCUCUCGGAGAGGACGGAGCCCCCCAACUUCCAGGCCCUCCCUCAGCCCACACCUGAGACUCCAGAACCUGGGCUGGAGAUGCCCCCUGGGGCCAUGGAGCAGUCAGCACUGGGCCUGCGGGUGAAAGAGGAGUCCGAGGCUACUGAGGAGCCAGAACCGCUGCAUCCUCAGCCUCUAAGCAGCCCGCAGGGGACCCCUUUCACUCUGCUCCCCGACCAGGCCCGGGACUGUGGCGUGGUGCUGGACCAGGCUUCCCCCCAUAGUGAGCCUGGGCCUGAGGGUUCCUCCUGGAGGCAGCACCGCGGGGCCCUGUGGCAGGAGGAAGCUGGGGGCAUCUUCUCCCCAGGGUUUACACUCCAGAUCGACAGCGUUUCUGUGGACCCACACAUCGUGAGCCCCCACGUCCACCUGCCCUGGGACCUCGGUGUGGCCAGCAUCACAGGCCAACUCGAGUCAGCCUCCCACGAAGCUGGCUUUUCACACGCGCUAGUGCUCUCCAGCGACCUGGGAGGUGAGCUGGACCCGACGGAGGAUGCCCGCCAGGCCGUGGGCCGCGGACUGGCCGCGGCGAGCUGGCGUGCCCCCAGGGGUCGCAGCCGGGCUCGGGGGCGCCCCGGCACAGGGGCCGGAGCUGAGCGAGGGGGCCGCUGCGAUGUGUGCGGGAAGGUGUUCAGCCAGCGCAGCAACCUGCUGCGGCACCAGAAGAUCCACACCGGAGAGCGGCCCUUCGUGUGCGGCGAGUGCGGCCGCAGCUUCAGCCGCAGCUCACACCUGCUGCGCCACCAGCUCACGCACACGGAGGAGCGGCCCUUUGUGUGUGCCGACUGCGGCCAGGGCUUCCUCCGCAGCGCGCGCCUGGAGGAGCACCGGCGCGUGCACACGGGCGAGCAGCCAUUCCGCUGCGCCGAGUGCGGCCAGAGCUUCCGCCAGCGCUCCAACCUGCUGCAGCACCAGCGCAUCCACGGCGACCCGCCGGGCCCCAGCGCCGCACCCCCCGCUCCUCCCGGUGCGCCCGAGCCCCCAGGCCCCUUCCCGUGCAGCGAGUGUCGCCAGAGCUUCACGCGGCGCGCCGUGCUGCUGGAGCACCAGGCAGUGCACACGGGCGACAAGUGCUUCGGCUGCACCGAGUGCGGCGAGCGCUUUGGGCGCCGCGCGGUGCUGCUGCAGCACCGGCGCGUGCACAGUGGCGAGCGGCCCUUCCGGUGCGCCGAGUGCGGCCAGAGCUUCCGCCAGCGCUCCAACCUCACGCAGCACCGGCGCAUCCACACGGGCGAGCGGCCCUUCGCCUGCGCCGAGUGCGGCAAGGCCUUCCGCCAGCGGCCCACGCUCACGCAGCACUUGCGCGUGCACACGGGCGAGAAGCCCUUCGCCUGCCCCGAGUGCGGCCAGCGCUUCAGCCAGCGCUUGAAGCUCACGCGCCACCAGCGGACGCACACGGGUGAGAAGCCCUACCGCUGCCGCGAGUGCGGCCUGGGCUUCACACAGGUCUCCCGGCUCACCGAGCACCAGCGCAUCCACACGGGCGAGCGGCCCUUCGCCUGCCCCGAGUGCGGCCAGCGCUUCCGGCAGCACGCCAACCUCACGCAGCACCGGCGCAUCCACACGGGGGAGCGGCCCUUCGCCUGCCCCGAGUGCGGCAAGGCCUUCCGCCAGCGGCCCACGCUCACACAGCACCUGCGCACCCACCGGCGCGAGAAGCCCUUCGCCUGCCAGGACUGCGGCCGCCGCUUCCACCAGAGCACCAAGCUCAUUCAGCACCAGCGCGUGCACAGUGCAGAGUAGCCGGAGCGCGUGGCCCCACCGUCGUCCACCAUUGGAGGCAGGGUGUGUGUGGAACACCUACCUCAUGGGGUUGCUGAGACCCGUGAACGCGUCGGUACAAGCCAGCUCUCUUAGGGCCUGGCUCCCAGUAGGUGCUCAAUAAACAAUAUACAGAACCUCCGUCUGGGUGUGCACCCACCGUCUGCCCACUCGCCGGGACCCCUCUCAGCCCAUGCUACUGGUCUACCACCUUCUCUGUAACCACGUGCCUCCUGCAAGACCCAGGGCUCCCGGCAGAUGUGGCCCCUAGCAGGGCCUGCCCCCGUCUGCAGGACGUCCCCUUACAGCGGGGCUCCUGUACUAUUUGCCUUCGACCCACCUCUCCGCUGGCCAAGCCAAAGGCCAAGGGAGGACCUGGAGGGCACCGCCCUGCCAGCCAGCCAAGAUCAUCAGGUGCUAAAGCAUCAAACGGGUGCCUGUGAGGCCACCGCCAGCCUGAGUUUAUAUGUUUAUGAAACCAAGGAAGCCAUAUCUUAGCUGUAAAAGCUGUAAGGUUUUAAGUGGGAAUCUAGUCUUAGAAGACUUUCCUCUGUUCCCGCAGACUCCAACCGGUCUGAGAACCAAAGCUGGCGGCAAGGCCAAGCUAGUUCCCCAGCCCUCCAGGUGCCAGCUGUUCUCUUCCCUCCCUGGCCCUAGGCACAAGCCCUAAGUACCCUCCAACUGGAAGGUCUCUGUCAUGUGUGUUCAGUAACUACUCACAGGACACACCAGCUGCUGACAUGCAGGUGGACAGACACUGGCAGCUCCAGGUCAGAGUCCUGCAGACUUGAGGGCGGGACCUCUGGACCCCUCCUGCCUCUUCCUGUGCCACUGCUGCUUUUGCUCUGUCCUCCCCUUCCAUCCUACCACUGGGGCCUUGACACAGCCCCCCACUCCCCCACUGGAUGCCGGAAGUACCAGAGACUGUGGGUGAAAGGCAGUUCCAAAAAGGGGAUCUUCAUGCAGCAGGGUCGGGCUUGGGACUCAAACCUCACCCUAGGCUGGUGUCAGCCUGCUCUUGGUCUAGAGGCCUAGAGGGUUCCAGGAACAGCCCUUCCGCGCAGCUGGAAUUUCACCUACCACUUUGAGUCACCCCAGUCCCAAGACUUGGGCCCUGGUAUCAGGAAAAGACAAGCAGCCUGAGCCAGAGGCUUCCUACCAACAUGCGAGAGAAGGCCCGCUCCCAGCCUCAGCCCCCACUCCUCCCCAACUCUACCCCUCUCCUUCCCCCUCCCCGGUAGCCUAGCCCCAGCCACAACCAGAAUCACUCUUGGCAUCUACUACAUCCGGCAGGUCAGCCACUCCCCCAGGCAGAGGCACUCCUGUGUGGCAAGAUCAGGGCUGGGAAGCUGGGGCGGGGGGGGGGGCGCUCCCCUGGGCCCUUUGACAGCACUCAGUUCUCUGGUCACAAAGGGUUCUGAGAAACCUGGUGUGGGAUACAUAGAAUCAGAGGGAAGAGGAAGACAGGAAGGGGCUGAAGAAUCAGAUCAGGGAAGUCACACGAAUGAACACAGGUAGCCAGUAGCUAGUGGUCUCAGGUUGGAGGAAUGUUGCUGGAACUUUACAAAAUCCUGUCAUGUGGAUUUUUUUUUUUUUAAUAACUUGUGUGACUUAUAAUCUGAAAUAAAGAAAACUCAUCUUUGGUCA